AUGCAGCUGGUAGUGAGUUUGUUUGCAGUUUGCAUACCCGCCCUGGUGCUCGCAGAUGUGAUCGCAGUGCAAAAAUGCACCGAAGGAGCCCUACCUACGUCGGUUGACGUUGCCGGGUGCCAUUCUGCUCCUUGCGAUCUGCCGAAAGGACACGACGCGAAAGUCAUGGUAGACUUCACUGCCAACAGACCUCUGACCGCACUUCGCCCGGAAGUGCGUGCCAGCUUCGGCGGUUUGUCGGUACCGUUUGUGCUGCCGAGCGACCGUCAAGACGCGUGUAAGUGGCUGGUUGGAGGCCAGUGUCCCGUGUCGGUAAAGGAAGACGUCACCUACGAACUGCAGCUUCCGGUGCUUAGUAGCUACCCAACGCUUAGUCUCACGGUGGAACUGAAGCUGGUCGACCAAAAUCAGGACGUUGUGACGUGCUUCCAGCUAGAGGCUAGAGUAGUUUAA